AUGGAUGGCGCCCCUCCCCCAGAGGAGGACUUCUCCCAGAUACCCCUCCCGGAGCGCAGCCAGCACAAGAACUGGAAAGCUCGAGUAUCAGCCUACACUGACGUUAUAUCAGGAUCAGCAAAGACUGCCUCCGAUACCGACCCCUUCUUUCAGCCGUUCAUACAUGAUCCUGGAUUGUUAAAGAAAUGGUGUCUAGACUCGAAUGCGGUUGCACAGGAGAAGGGUAUAGACGCUGUCCUUGCCCUUGUGCAGUAUAGUGGCGAGACGAGUGCGCGGUUACGGCCAGAAUUGAUCCCAUCAAUCGUUGAGAAGGCGCUGGGAGCAGCAAGGGCAGGGACCAAGAAGAAAGGCAUGGAGCUGUGUGCGAUGUUUGUGGAGGUGGAGAAUAAUGGAGAAGGCGUGGUCAACGACGUGCUGGGAGGCUUGUCCGCCAAGCUGCCCAAGGCUGUCGCUGGCUCCAUCACUUGUCUGAAGGAGAUUGUUGAAGCAUUCGGGGUCCCCACUCUGGGAAACAUCAAGCCUCUUCUCAAAUCCCUAAACAAGAUAUUCGGCCACUCGGACAAGAAUGUCAGGGCAGAGGGCACUUCUCUCACCCUCGUCCUUUACACCUACCUCGGCCCGGCCCUCCUCCCCGCUCUCGCAGACCUGAAACCGGUUCAAAUGGCGGAACUCCAAAAGGCAUUCGACUCGAUGGGCGCCGAGAGCAAGGGUGCCGGAAGUGGGAAACCCACCCGUUUCACGAGAAAGGCGCAAAGGGACAGGGAGGCGGCGGAAGCGGCUGGGGGUGAAGAUCAGGGCGGAGACGAGGGUGCUGAAGCGGAGGAGGAAGUCUUUGACCCAACAUCGCUGCUCGACCCAGUGGAUGCUUUGGCACUCUUCCCCUCCAAUCUUGAAGCUCAACUGGGUUCUACAAAGUGGAAGGAGAGACUGGAGGUUCUUGAAGAGUGCAACAAAGUCUUGUCCGACCCAAAGAACGCAAAACUUGUUGACAGCAACGUCGACUCGUAUGGUCCCCUGGCGCAGACUCUUGGCACAAAAUGUAAAAGUGACGCCAAUGUCAAUGUAGUCAUGGAGGCUUGCAAGGUCAUCGAGGGUCUUGCGAAGGGUCUUGGGAAACCAUUUGGAAAGCACAGAGCUGCACUUCUGCCUGGUAUGAUGGAGAGGCUGAAAGAGAGGAAGGCUACAGUAGUAGAUGCUCUCGGAAAGGCGUUGGAUGCCGUCUUUUCCACAACCACUCUCCAAGACAUUGUCGACGAUGUUCUCACUUCUCUGAAAUCAAAGAAUCCCCAAGUCAAGGAAGGCACUUUGAAAUUCUUGCAGCGUUCGCUGCAAACUACUCUCGAUGCUCCGACAAAAGACCAAGUCAAACCCAUGGCUGUUGCUCUUGUCGCACUCCUUGGAGACAGUGCCGAACCUGUUCGGUCAACAUCAGCCGAAUGUCUGGGUGUACUCAUGAAGAUCUUGGGCGAGCGUGCUUUCAAUCCGUUCAUCGAGGGAGUCCAGGAGCUGCAGAUGGCCAAGGUGAAGGAUGCUUUCGGUCGGGCAGAAAUCAAAUACAAGGUUGGGGGUCCAAAGAAGCCGGCCCCUGCUGCAAAACCGGCGCCUGUAGCCAAGAAGCCUGCACUGAAAGCUGCACCACCAACGUCACCGCUUAUCAAAGCCUCGGGGAAGUUUGGAGGAGACGAUGUCGACCUCAAUAUGGAAUUCGCUCCCCCAAAGCGCGGGCCGCCAGCUCGAUUCGCCCGCCCCGGUGCUGCAAAGGCUCCUGCGUCUCCUGCUAGCAAACCAGCUGCGACCCUCGAAGAAGACGCAGGCGGCUUGAGCGAGAUGGCUCCACCCAAACGUGGUCCUCCCGCUCGGUUUGCAAAGCCGGCUGCUGCCCAACCGGCCCCCGCUGCAAAGGCGCCACCAGCUGCCGCGCCACCCCCCAAAGCUGCUCCAUCUGGAAAACCCGGCGCUGCCAAGACGCUAGCUUCAUCCCCAACAGAACCUGUCAAGUUCAAGUACACGCCCGAAGAUGCUGCUGCUCAAGCCGCCGAGGUCAUACCUGCCGACUUCCGAACCAAGUUUGCCGACAGCGCGUGGAAGAUCAGGUUGGAAGCCGGCGAGGAGAUGGUCAAGUGGGCAGAGGAGGAAGGGGCCGAACAAGUUGACGCUGAGAUCGUGAUGAGGUUCUUGGGCAAAACUCCGGGCUGGGGCGAAAAGAAUUUCCAGGUAUCGGCCAAAGUCUUCUUGGUCAUUCUUACUUUCGCUCAAAAGAGCGCUGCUUUCGGCAAGCCAGCGGCAGCCCUCGCUAUCGGACCCCUAACCGAGAAGCUGGGCGAUAUGAAGCUAAAGAAGCCUGCAGGCGACGCUCUGGCGGCUUUUGCUGAGAAGAUUUCUCUGGCUUUCGUUCUUGCCCAAGCCUAUGAGCCUCUGUCCAAGCAAAAGGCGCCGAAAGCUCAGGCAGACGCAUUGCUCUGGAUCAAACAACAGCUCAUCGACUUUGGGAUUGCGGGUAUUCCUCUGAAGGACUUGAUCAGUUUCGUCAAGACAGCGCUUGGGUCACCCAACGCGCAAGUCCGACAGAGUGCUACUCAAGUCUUGGUGACAAUCAAAGUUGCCGUUGGGGCCGAUAUCUCGGGCUUUUUAGAAGAUUUGAAUCCCUCCCUGCUGUCUACAAUCAACUCGGAAUUUGAUAAGGCUUCCUCCCAGACUGCUCCUGAACCCAUCAAGGGUCAAGCCGACCUCAAGGAAGUUGCUGCUGGACCGGGAAAGGGUGGGAAGGCCGGAGGUGGUGAUCCUUUGGACGACUUGAUCCCCAGAGUCGACUUGGAUAAACUUGUUGCCUCCACUAGUGUCAUCGCCGGGUCAAAAAGCGACGCUUGGAAGGUGAGGAAGGAAGGUUUCGAGGCUUUGAGCAAUGUUUUGGAAGUCAAAUCAAACUCAAGGCUCAAGCCCAACAUGGGUGAAAUCGGCGGCGUACUCAAGAAGGCUAUGGGAGACACCAAUCUUGCUGUCAAGAUGCUUGCUCUCGGCAUCAUUUCAAAGAUUGCCAUUGGCAUGGGCCCACCUUUUGAGAAAUACUUCAAGCUCUUGACUCCUGCUGUUGCCAGUGUCUGUGCCGACCAAAAAGUCACUACUCGAACAGCCGCCGUCAACACAUUGACUGUUAUGUCGGAGGCGGUCGGAAGUUUGGAUGGAAUGUACGGCGGCUUGGGGGCAGCUUUAGAAACUGCCAAUCCAGCUCUUCGAUCAUCAGUCUUGGCGUGGCUCUCGGAGCGGCUCCAGAGCGAACCUCCCUCUUCAUCUUCUGAUCUGGCUCCUCUCGCUGUUCCAAUCAUCCACUGCCUGGAGGACAGAAAUGGAGAAGUUCGAAAAGGCGCUACCGCUGUCUUGCCGUUCGUUGUCGCUAGUGCAGGCUAUGACUUUGUCAUGGACAAGACUUCAAGUCUAAAACCCGCAUCCAAAGCUACCAUUGUACCCCUUAUCAGUAACGCCCGUGGCAGCGCACCGGCUCCAUCCAAGCCUUCUGCUCCCGCUGCUGCUCCAGCCCCUGCCCCUGCAAAAGCUGCUCCUGCCCCACCGGGCUCUGUGGCUCGUGUACGAGCUGGUGUCAGUGGCAGAGCAUCACCCAGUAGUCCCGCCCCUGCAGCUCAUUCGUCACUGCCGAAGCCAUCCGGUUUGACUCGGCCUCUCGCCAUGAAAGCCCUCUCAUCGGCACCUUCCUCGAGACCCGGCUCUUCCCUGCAUCACGGCGAGGAUAGACCAUCAGCGCUACCGAAAUCGAGGAUGGCAGUUCCUCGUCCCAUGUCAGCCAGCUCGCAUGCUCCGUCUUCCGCUGUUUCCUCUUCGCCCUCAGCUUCGACCAAGGUUGUCCCCUUCUCGACAUACGCCACCGAAGCGCGAGCUGCCCGAUUGAAGAAAGACAGCAUGCGCUGGGUACUUGACCCGUCUCCCAAAGCUUCAGCCGAUCUUUGGGAGUACCUCCAACAUCAGAUUGAACCUCACGCAGCACCCGAGUUGUUCGCGUUGCUGUUCAGUAAAGACCAUCGAGCUGAAGAAGACUUUAUGUCUGGACUGUCCAUGAUUCGGGAGCUGUACGAUGUACAAACAUCUGGUAGUAUGGGCCUGAGCGACGAGGAAGUCACAUCAUUGCAGCUUGCAAAUGUAGACUUGGCCCUCAAGUAUUCGGCCUUGAAGCUGCUGGGCAACAAUACGCAAUUGUCCAACAGAUGUCUGGAGGUCGUUAAGGAGGUGGUCGACACAAUGACCAGAAUGAACGAGCGUUUCUCCGAUGCCGAGGCGAAACUGUUUGUUCCUGCCCUUGUCUUCAAGCUUGGUGAUACAAAAUUCAGUGCUAGGCUUGCCCCAAUCUUUGAGAGUCUCGACAAGGUCAUCGCAGCCUCUCAAGUAGUGGCUUUGCUCGUACAAUUCGGUUUAGAAGAGAAAUCCUCUGGCAAAUCGUGCAAGAACGAGUCUUUAGCCUUGAUCGAGAAGACAUACAAGAGACGAGGGUCAAUCCUGAGAACAAGAGACGACCGCGGUUUCUAUGAGGUUCUGGCCAAGUGCAUCUCGGAUAGCGGAACCCGAAACGCUGCUCUUAACGUCAUGGCGCUCCUACAAUUACAAGGAGAGUCGAAAAGCCUCAGUGCGGUGGUGCAGGCUAUGCCAUCGUCCUCCAAGGACAUGCUUGCCAACCGAAAGGCUACCAUGGCUGCCAGCAAGGCUACUGGGACGCUCGCUGCGAAGGUCUCUUUGGAUUCACUGGCACCGGCCGAAACGGCUUCACCCAGGCUUCGCCGACCCGGAGGUCUGCCACAGCCGAGAGUCAAUGCUAUUGCCAGUGGCAGCUCUGGUGAAGGCUCGCCCAGACCCCAAGGCUCACCCAGACCCCAGGGCUCUCCAUCUCGAGCUAUAGCGUCCCCUACCUCAAAUUUACCGAGGACGACAGACUCGCCUUCUCAAGGCCGCUCGCUUCAAGCUCCCUCAGCGCUGCAUCGGCCAGCUGCCCAGCCGUCACAAAGCAAGCUACAGCGCCCGGGGGAUGUCUUUGGAAGUAGCGCAGCUCCGACUGCACCUGCUCCUUCUCGCCCUACGGCUCUGCAGCCUAUCAGCCGCCCUGCUGCCAGCAAGCCAAGAAAUGGACAUUCUGGACCGAGUGUGCUGGAGGCAAUCAAUGAGAUCCGACACGAUGACCUUGACAAAUGUGUUGACGCUCUCAAGAAUAUACAAAGUGCGCUCAACCAGAAUCCCAACAUGUUUGUGGACAACAUUGAGACUCUUGCCGACACUUUGAUGGAUGAGAUGGAGUUUGCAUUCACGCCCCCCGAAAAUCUCAGGGACCCCCGGUACUUCCGGGUGGUGAAACAUCUUAUCCAAUCGUUCUCUGGGCUGUCUUCCAAUCAAGAUCUGAUGCGCCGUAUGAACUACGAGCAGCUCUAUGCGGUUCUGAACUGCUUAUCCCUCAGGCUUGUCCAAGCUGAUCGGAUGGGUGGUCAGAUUCAGGAGCUUUCUCGUUUCAUCAAUCUUGUGCUCGUGCAGUGCCUCUCGACCCCCGAUCGGCUGUUGGUCUUCCAAGUCAUGUUCCGUCUCCUCCUCGACCUGACUCACACCUUUUCAUCCACGCAACCGGAUCCAGAGUCCGAGCUUGCGGCGCAUGCCGAUUUGGUCAUCAAGUGCCUUUGGAAGAGGUGUAAGAUAUUGGAGGAUGAUUUUAAAUCUGGAAGAUUGAGGCCUGGUCCAAUCUUGGCCGUUCUGGAAGAGUUCAUGCAAGGUGUGGGGCCGAAGGAGUACAGGAAGCGGGCUCAGCAAGGCGUUACGUUGGGAGACAUGCCGUUGAGAACGGUAAAGACUAUCAUCCAGAGAUUGCUAGUUUACACUCGAGAUGCGGGGCUGGAAAUCUACGACAUCCUCGUGGAACAAUUCGGAGACGACGCCGCGUCGACCGUUGUUUAUACUUACGUUUUCAGACUUGCCGGACACGAGCCCUCGCGACCAGCGUCUUCACGGUCGCGAAGCCCUUUGUUACCGUCUCACACAGGAUCUGAACGUCCCGAUUCUUCCGCUUCUCAUCAAACAGCAAGUGGUGUCGAACCUCCUGCCCCUGCUCCAGAAGCCAAAGAGGAUACGGAGAUUGAAAAAAUGAUCAAGGACCUGAGAAGUGGUAACCAGACUCAGCGUCUGGACGCUUUGUAUGCGUUCACAAAAGCCAACCCCGACAAGGAGGGCGAAAUCAACGCUGCUCUGGCUGCUCACAUGACACCAACCUUCCAAACAUAUGUCAGAAGGAUGUUGGAGUUGCGCAAGAAUAAUGAGAACCCUUCUCCAAUCCGUGAAGGUUCAUCAUCACCACGAUCUCCAGCCCGCCCAGAGUCGAUGCCCGCUUCUCUCAAACCUCUUCCUACCAUGUCUCGCAAAUCUGUCGGCCCGAGGCCCUCCAGUCUGGCGCUCAACGUUGACCGAAGCGCGCCGCUGGACGCUCAGCUGGCACAGUACAAGAACCUCUUCAGAAACCAAGCGUUGAAUAAUUCGACACGAUCUGGGUCGGGAUCGCCGGGCAAGGAGGGGGAACAAUCAGAGUCGAUAGGCCAUCCGUCGGAGGAGAUUGAGAACGAUUCCAGGAGUGCUAGAGGCACACCACGGAAUAGUGAUGUUGAUUGA